AUGGAUGUGACUUGACAAGCAACAAAAAUUGCGGCGUGGAUUUAUGGUUAAAAAUUGGAGAAUUCUAACUGUUGAUUGUUUAGUGGUGUAUAUGUUAUCUUUAACUAUUUACAAGAAAUUAUACUAAAGUUCGUAAUCAAGUUUAAAGUAGUGUAUGUCAUGAUAAUGACUGAUAUUUUAAAAGUUUUAAGACAAAGUUUGUGCAUAUCAUUGUCUUUAGUGAUUAGCCGCGGAUUUCCCGUUUUGUAUGCAUUAUAGCAAAGGCUGAGAAGAUUGGGGAAAUGGUUCCGUUAGUUUUAGUUUAUAUAGGAUCAAAAGAAAACUAUAUUUGUUCGUGAGAAAAACAAAAACUUUGUUUAGUUUAGUGACAGGAUGUAUCCGACGCCGACGCGGCACCCGGCGGGGGCUGUAAGGGGGCCGCAGCCAACGGCAGGACCUAUAAAAUUUACAGUAGCAGAUACUUUAGAACGUAUUAAAGAGGAAUUUAACUUUUUACAAGCUCAGUACCACACGUUGAAAUUGGAAUGUGAAAAGUUAGCAAGCGAGAAAACUGAAAUGCAGAGACAUUAUGUCAUGUAUUAUGAAAUGUCUUACGGCCUAAAUGUUGAAAUGCAUAAACAGACAGAAAUAGCGAAACGGCUUAGUGCAAUUAUCGGACAAGUGUUGCCAUUUCUAGCGCAAGAACACCAGCAGCAAGUUGCAUCUGCCGUUGAGAGAGCCAAGCAGGUCACUAUGUCCGAACUUAAUGCUAUUAUUGGGCAACAACAACAACAAGGCCUCCAGCAACUUCUUCAACAGAUUCACGCCUCAGCGGGCUUACCGCAUGGUGUGGGGGGAGCGGGGGCGUUGUUAGGGGCGGGAGGCCUUCUGUUCCCCGGCGCGGGGCCUCCACCAACUCCACAUCUGCCGCCGCCCGCACACAAGGUAGAACUACCGCCCCCCUCAGAUAUUAAACCUCCAGCCUUAACGGGUGGGCCGGCCCCACCACCCCUCAUGUCCGGACAACCUCCGCCCCGUGAUGACGAUAGGAUAUCAUCACGAGGUCAUAGCCAACAGCAAAGGCGCUCGGUGUCGCCCCACGAGCGCGAGCACAAGUACCGGCCGCGCUCGCCCGCGGAGCCCGAGGCGCUGGACGUCAAGCGCAGGAAGGAGGAGAAGGUACUCGGACAUGUGAGUCUAUGUAGUGAUAGCGACGCUGAAAAAAGUGAUCAAGAUCUUGUUGUUGAUGUGGCAAACGAGGAGGAAAGAGGAUCUCCCAAUGUACGCACAGAGGGCGGUGAGAGAACAGAAAAUGGUCCACGACCUCCUUCAAGGUCAGGAUCUUCUUCCAGCAGAUCGACACCCAAGAGUUCAAAAGACGAUAAGCCUGGAACUCCCGGUUCCAAGAACCGCGCUCCCACCCCCACGGGGCGCUACGCCUUCCCCGCCUACGCCGCCUACCGCCCGCCGCUGCCCUACGACGGACACACGCGCACCAACGGCAUGCCGCCCGCCAAGCCCGCGUACGCGUACCACUCGUGCGGCGGGCCGCUGCAGGCCGUGCCGUUCCCGGCCGACGCGCUGCUGGGCGCGGGCGUGGCCCGCGGCGCGCGCGCGGUGGCGGCGCUGCCGCACGGCGAGGUGGUGUGCGCCGUGGCGCUGUCGCUGGGCGCCGCGCGCCACGCCUACACGGGCGGCAAGGGCUGCGUCAAGCUGUGGGACAUCACCGACCCCGGCUCGCCCGCCGCGCUCGAGCCGCUCUCGCAGCUGGACUGCUUGCCCUCCUCUCAGCAAAGAGACAACUACAUCCGCUCGGUGAAGCUGCUGCCGGACGGGCGCACGCUGUUGGUGGGCGGCGAGGCGUCCAACCUGUCCAUCUGGGACCUGUCGUCGCCCACGCCGCGCAUGCGCGCCGAGCUCACGUCGUCCGCGCCCGCGUGCUACGCGCUCGCCAUCAGCCCCGACUCCAAGGUGUGUUUUAGUUGCUGCUCUGAUGGAAAUAUAGCUGUAUGGGAUCUACACAAUCAAACGUUAGUUAGGCAAUUCCAAGGUCAUACAGAUGGUGCUUCGUGUAUAGACAUAAGUCCAGACGGCACGAGGCUAUGGACGGGCGGUCUUGAUAACACAGUUCGUUCCUGGGAUCUAAGAGAGGGAAGACAGUUGCAUCAACAUGAUUUUUCAAGUCAGAUCUUUUCUCUUGGGUACUGUCCCACAGGUUCAUGGCUUGCUGUGGGUAUGGAGAACUCUCACGUGGAAGUGUUACACGCUGGUAAGCCGGAUCGUUAUCAGCUUGUGUUACACGAAUCAUGCGUGCUGUCGCUACGUUUCGCGGCUUGCGGCAAAUGGUUCGUGUCAACAGGGAAGGAUAACCUGCUGAACGCAUGGCGUACGCCGUACGGUGCUAGUAUAUUUCAGUCUAAAGAAUCAUCAUCGGUGCUCAGUUGUGAUAUAUCAGCGGAUGAUAAAUUUAUAGUGACAGGAUCUGGGGACAAGAAGGCUACAGUGUACGAAGUGAUGUACUAAGACAGUGAAGUGCAGUGAAGUAGACAGAAGUGAUAAUCUCAAUAGGCAAUAACAAAGGGUAUCUUGUGGUCCAGUGGAACUUCAAGCUAAAUGGGUCCGUUAAAUGAAACAAAAUAAAAGGUCAAAACACAA